AUGAGAAAUUUAGCGACUUGCUAUAGUGAACAUGCAAUCAAGGUUUCAGAUUCGUAUUGUUCUGGGAAUUCAAACAAUAUUUACAUCUCUCCAACCUUCAAUCCUGCAAUCCAAGAUGAAGUUUCAAUCCUCUACAAAGUCAAACUCUCUUCACAAAACCUUCUGUUCAUCACACUCACAUGGUCAACUCACAACAUUGACUUCGCCUUCACAAUCUCCAUCAACGAACCCCAUUCUAACUCUUCUAAAUCCUUUUGUUUGAGAAAGAUCAAAGGGUCAAAAAAGCUUGAACCUUUUGAUUCAAAGAUUGAACUCAUUUGGGAUCUCUCGAAAGCCACCUAUGAAAUAGGUCCUGAACCGGUCAAAGGGUACUUUCUUGCAGUUUUGGUCAACUCUGAGAUGAUUUCCAUUGGCGACAUUGAAGAUUUGGAGCUGAAGAAGCUUGUUUUCGAUUACCCUUUUGCUAAAUCUUCGUUGGUGUCUCGUAGUGAGAGGUUUUAUGGAAACGCUGAGUAUUCAACGAGGGCGAAGUUUUUUGAAACGGGAACAUGGCAUGAUAUAACGAUCACAUGCAUAGCAGAUGAUCGAAGAGGUAGAAAUUCAUUGAGUUUGUGUGUUUCUAUCGACAGAAAGAAUGUCAUUCAAGUGAAGCGAUUAAGAUGGAAUUUUCGUGAUUCGAAUAUGAAAUCAAGAAAAAAAGGUGGGAUUUUCUUGUUUAGACCAAGAAGUGGAUUUGAUAGCAGAUUGUGGUUCGAAGAGAAGAACUUGGAGAAAGAACAAGAAAAAGUUGGUGCUUCUUUGUUGAUUUAUGCUUGUAAGAAUCCAGAUUGA